AUGGGGGUGAGGCUUUAUCCUAAGGUGGUGUCAGGAGAUGCGCAGAAGGAGGACCUCAAGGUCAUUGGUGUCAGGGUGGGCCUCAGAGAGAUGCUGGUCUUGGGUUUGAAGAGUCUACAUGAGAGCAGCAGAGGAGAGAGGAGGAGGGGUGUGUCUUGUCAAAAUCCAUACGAUGAUCCUGAAUGUGAACUCGAAAGCACUUCCCAAACCCAGAAACAAUGGUUCCCCUUACCAGGCCCUGCCGUCACCCCAGUACUGGCAUCACCUACUCUGCCCACACUGGUGCCUGCUGUGCCUAACUGUGUCAUCAUGCCUCAGGGUCAGAAGCGUAAGCCCCUUGCCCCGGGCAAACACCACCAGGGUGGAGAUGGGACUGAGAAUGAGACUGAGCGUCUCAGAGUUGAUCAGGCCGCUGCAGCAGCAGCAGCAGCAGAAGACUGCCCCUCUGCUCCUGUUUCUGGGGGUUCUCCCCCGAGCUCCCUUGCUGCUGGCCCUAUCCAGGAACCUCAGGGAGCCUCAGCCGCUCAUUCCUCUGAGGCAAGUGUCUCAUGCCCACGACCUGAUGAAGUUGCCCAGAGCCUAGGUGAGGAGAGCACAAGCACCUCAGGCCGUGCAGCACCGUCCGCUCUGACUGUUCGCAAAGAUCAUCUGACCAAGAAGACAAACAAGCUGGUGCGGUUCCUGCUGGAGAAGUAUAAAAUGAAUGAGUGCAUUAAGCGGUCUGAAAUGAUAAAGGUGGUCAACGAGAAGUGCAAGCAGCAGUUCCCUGAGGUCCUCAGGAGAGCCUCUGAGCACAUGGAGCUGGUCUUUGGCCUCGAGGUGAAGGAAGUCGAUUCCAGCAAUGAAUCCUAUGCCUUUAUCAACCUGCUGGACCUCCCCAGUGAGGGAACUCUGAGCAGGGAUAGGAGUGUGCCCAAGAUGGGUCUCCUCAUGAAUAUCCUGAGCGUGAUCUUCAUGAAGGGCAACCGCGCCCCCGAGGAGGAGAUCUGGAAACACCUCCGCCUGCUGGAGGUCUAUGCUGGGAGGAGGCACGCCGUCUUCGGGGAGCCCAAGGAGCUCAUCACCAAAGAUUUCGUGCAGCAAAACUACCUGGAGUACCGCCAGGUGCCCGGCACUGAUCCUCCAAGCUACGAGUUCCUGUGGGGCCCAAGAGCCAAGGCUGAGACCACCAAGAUGAAAGUGCUGGAGAUUAUGGCCAGGCUCAUUGAGACC